AUGUCUCUGGAGGGGCUGGAAGUAACUCAGAAUGUGGCAGACCUGGAAGCCUUGCUGAGGGGAGCAGAGGCCAUCCAUGUGAUGGAACAGCAGAUCGUGAUCAUUUCCACUCCAGACCAGCUCCCCGCGUCCGAAGGAGAGAACGACACCGAGCUGCUGCUCUUUGCCACCCCACAGCCCGCCAGAUUGGAGACCGUAACGCAGAGGCCUGCUCUGGAACGGCCACCGGUAAAACGGAAGCUGAAUUUGGAGACUGACCAUCAGUACAUUGCAGAGAACGUUCAGGUGGCUCGAGGAAAAGCAAAAAAUCCUAUAAAAGGUUUAAAGUCUCCUGGCGAGAAAUCCCGCUAUGAAACUUCUCUCAACUUGACCACCAAGCGCUUCUUAGAACUAUUGAGUCAAUCUCCUGAUGGUGUUGUGGAUCUCAACUGGGCUGCUGAAGUACUAAAGGUGCAGAAGAGGCGUAUCUAUGACAUAACGAAUGUCCUGGAAGGCAUCCAGCUCAUCACCAAGAAAUCCAAAAACCAUAUCCAAUGGCUGGGGAACCGGUCUGCUGUGGGGGGCACCAAUAAGAAUCAAGCAUUAAUGAAGGAACUCCAGGAUCUUCAAGCAGCAGAACAGCAUCUGGACAGCCUCAUCCAGAUGUGCACUACUCAAUUCAAGAUCCUUACUGAGGAACCUGAAAACAAGGCUUCAGCUUAUGUGACUUGCCAAGAUCUACGCAACAUUGCAGACCCUUCAGAGCAGCUGGUGAUGGUGAUUAAAGCCCCCCCUGAGACACAGAUGCAAGUCUCUGAUCCUGCAGAGGUAACCUUCCUGUUUCCAAGAAUUACAGAGAGAAGGCUUUCUUUGGGAUAUUCACUUGGGAUGAGAGGCACGGGUAUAUCUAUUAUGAUGGUUACUAAGUCUCUCCUUUAUCUCUUGGCAGAACCUUUGUUAUCUGGAGAGACGACGCUGCCUCUGAAGUGCCCCGGGGAUGAUGUAAACCUCUCACCACUGGCUUCCGUGGAUGCUUUGCUUCUGCAGGGCAAGGAUGACUUCUCAAGUUUUCUGCCCUCUGAAUUCAUUGCACUUUCACCACCCCAGACUCAGGACUAUCACUUUGGGCUUGAGGAGGGUGAAGGCAUCAGUGAGCUCUUUGACUGUGACUUUGGAGAUUUCACCUCCUUGGAUUUUUGA